GAAGCCGCGUUCCUUUCCCGGUGUUCCCCAGGAGAGCGGUCGGUGUGGACGCGCUCCCUGCGCGCGGGGUACGCCGGGAGUAGUAGUCCAAGAGGGCGCAGCUUUGCAGUCUCCGGAAGUGGGGGCGCGAGAGACCAGGCAGAGCCGGCUCAGGAUAGCUGGACGCCAGACGCUGGGGUCCUGCUCCUGGGCCGGUCAUGAACGGGCCGGCAGACGGCGAAGUGGACUACAAAAAGAAAUACCGUAAUCUGAAGCGGAAGCUCAAAUUCCUCAUCUACGAACACGAGUGCUUCCAGGAGGAGCUGAGGAAGGCGCAGAGGAAAUUACUGAAGGUUUCUCGGGACAAGAGUUUUCUCCUAGACCGACUUCUACAAUAUGAGAACGUGGAUGAAGACUCCUCUGACUCAGAUGCCACCGCAUCUUCAGAGAACAGCGAGACAGAGGGAACACCUAAGUUGUCUGACACACCAGCCCCCAAAAGGAAAAGAAGUCCUCCACUGGGGGGCGCUCCCUCCCCAUCCAGUCUUUCCCUGCCUCCUUCAACAGGGUUUCCCCUUCAGGCCUCUGGAGCCCCCUCCCCAUACUUGAGCUCGCAGCUGGCUUCCCCCCCUUACCCCCCAUUCCCUUCUGACUACCUGGCCCUGCAGCUGCCCGAGCCCAGCCCCCUGAGGCCCAAGCGGGAGAAACGACCCCGCCUGCCCCGGAAACUCAAGAUGGCGGUGGGACCCCCUGACUGCCCUGUGGGCGGGCCACUGACCUUCCCUGCCCGUGGUCCUGGAGCCGGGGUUGGAACUGCCCUGACCCCCCUGCCCCCUCCCAAGAUGCCCCCUCACACAAUCCUGAGCACCGUCCCACGGCAGAUGUUCAGCGAUGCAGGCAGUGGAGACGAUGCCCUGGAUGGGGACGAUGACCUGGUGAUCGAUAUCCCGGAGUGACCACCCAGCGUCUUCUGCCAAGCCCCUGUCCAGCACCCCCUCCCUGUGCCAGCACACAGGAGCCCCAGCUUCCUCAGAGAUGUUUAUUGAUGCCCAGUUGCCAUGCUUCGGCCACUGACACAACCAGAGAAGGCGUAAACAUGCACGAAUGUCCCCCAGGAAGGUGGCAGGGGCCCUGCCCUCACAUCCCAGCCCCAUCUAGUGGGACAGCUAUUUAAAUGAGUGGCCUGGAGCAUCUGCUACCUCAUGGGGAGACAGAGACCCAGUGGGGGCCACCCCUUGAGAAGGGCAGCUGUACAGGGCUAGGACUCUUCUGUAUUAAAGGAGUGGCUCUUUUCUUCUUGUUCUCUUCUCUUUUAGAAACAUUCUCCUCCUCCAAACCUCCCCGAAUCCGACCUCCUCCCUUGGGGGGAGGGGUGGGGCAGCCUGGAGAGGCUGGAGAGAGGAGCAGGGGUCCCUGGGGUGCGGCUCCCCACAGCACUCCCCGCAGGUGUGCAGGCGGGGUGGUUUUGCAUAUUUGCAGGUAAUAGCGAGUCAGGCAGGAGGAAGUUGCAUAUGUGAAUAUAGAUCUCCACAGUCCCUCACAAGACAGACCCACGGUCACAGAGACUCUCACACAAAUAAGGUGGUGUGGGGUGGGGGCACCCCACCCCAUGUAAACGUGCAACACACUCGUGCGAGGGUUGGGUACUGGACCUGGCCCAAAGGGCCUGUGCUGGGCUGCAGCUGUCCACUCAGGUAGAGGGAGGAGCCCCAGCCGCGGGGGGCAGCUCGCUGGUCAGGGUGUGCCAGCGCUCCAGAGCUGUGUCCGGCUGCUGCAGACAGUCGCUCCAGUGCUUCCGUGCCUCUCCUCUGGCGCCUGGCCCCAGGGACACGCCACCUGAAGAGCAGGCAGAGUCAGGGCCCAGCUUCCUGCCCUUUUAACCCUGGGCAGCACCCCACUGGGCUCCCCUCACCUAUAAAAUCAUUGGAUUUGCCAAUGUCGUAGUCCCAGACUGUGACUUCCAGAGUCUUGGUGGCCAGAGUGGAGAGUUCCAUCUCAUAGAAAAAUUCCUGGGGACAAGAUGAACCACGCCUGCAGUGAGGCUUCUCCAACUCCUGCCCUUGUCCCCAGUCCACUGUGAUUUCCAGUCCCUUCCAUGUUUACCUCAUUAAAUUCUGGGUUUAGCGUCUUCUUCUUCA